AACACUUUUACCAUGGGAGGACAUGACAAUCAUUAGCAUGUUGCCCAAACUCGAGGUGCUCAAAUUGAAGAAGAAUGCCUUUGCAGAUGGCGAGAAUGUUGGAGAAGAUGUCUGGGAAGUAACAGAGAUGGGGUUUCCUAAAUUGAAAUUCUUGCUCCUUGAGUGGUUGUAUCUUCAUUAUUGGAGAGCCACUGAUGAUUAUUUCCCACGCCUGGAGCGUAUAAUUAUCAGAAGUUGCUUUUUCAUAAAAGAGAUUCCUGAAGGAUUUGCAGAUAGUAUGACAUUGCAGCUAAUUGAGUUACAUCAAUGUUCUUCUUCCCUUGUGAAUUCUGCUAAACGGAUCCAGAAAGAGCAAUUAGAGAAUUUGGGAAAUGACAUGCUUAAAGUUUAUGCCUAUGACACUAUUAGUGAGAAUAUUAUUCAGAUGAAGAAUCAGCAGAGGGAGAUAUGGUUGAAGCAGAUUGGAGCGCUGGAACCUAAUGUUUCUAUUGCAUCUUUUGAGGACUUUACCAAAUCUAUAGGGAGCAACUUCAGAAAAAACUGAACGCUAGGAACUGCAGACUUGGCUAAAGAAUGACUAGUAAAUUCCCCUCAAGAUCUACUUGUGUAAGAGAACUAAUUUUGUUCAGGGAGAAUUUCUUCUACAACAGCAGUAUUCUCCCAUAUUUGAUGAUUGAUACAAGUCUGUUCGAAAUGACAAUCCGUUUGGAAAAGUGGCACAUAAAUGUUUGCAAAGAAAACAAAAUUGUGCUCUUACAUUUAUAAUAAACAAGGGAACUUUUUUAACUAU